AUGGCUAGCCUCGAAACAAACCAUGUCCUCGCUCUGACUAGAGGCACCAUCUCGACCCUUCAAAACUCUUAUGAUGUCUACAGCGACCGUUCUGAUGCCGAUAGUCUACCGUCGGCAUUCCAGGUGGUAGCUCAACAUCUACCGGAUGUCUGUGCGGCACUCAAAGCCGCAAAUGAGCAAGUGCGGGCGCUGAAGGACGAAGAGAUGUGCAAGGAAAUAAAGCCCACUGCAGCUGGGUGUGGAGAGAAAGCCAAGCUGUUGGACACGCUGUUCCUUAGGGUGGUCCUCGCGCCCGCUGCCGAAACGAUGGGACGUUAUCAGGAGGCGGCAAGGGAGAUAGGCAAAGGACACCGCGUGGAGACCCUCAUGAAAGGCAUCAUGGAAGAUACAAAGCUCUUCUUGACUGUAAAGGAAGCUAUGGAAACAGCGACUAAACCUCAGCUUGAGCGACUACUCGAGUCUAUCAAGGAAGUGUCAAAGAUCCCUCCAUCGCUAUUAGUGGAAGGCCAGACCUCUGGUUACAACAACUAUGGGUCGGGUACUCAGAAUAUCAACAAUGGCGAUGGCUCCCAGAACAACAACAAUAGCACGGGGCAACAGUUUAUCGGUGGAACGUUUGGAAGCGACCCCUUGCGGCCGAAAUGA